AUGUCCCAUCCCACAUCAGAAGCCCCCAAGGCCGCACCAGUGCCGUACUUUACGCUCAACAAUGGGGUCAAGAUGCCGGCCGUGCUAAUGGGCUGCUGGCAGGGUGACUUUGAGGGCGAAGGCAAGAAUCUAGAUCUGGCCAUCAGCAACGGCUACAGGGGCUUGGAUACCGCCACGCAGUACAAGAACGAAGCCAUCGUGGGGCAAGUGAUUGCCGAGUCGGGACUUUCUCGCGAUCAGCUCUUUGUCACGACCAAGCUUGCAAAUUCAGAACACCACGACGUCGCUGGCGCUCUUUCUCGCUCGCUGGAAAAGCUCGGAGGUCAGAUCGAUCUGUACCUGAUGCACUGGCCACAAGGCGUGGACCAAUCCACCGGCGCCCUUUUCUCCGAUCAGUCGAGCGGCAAUGAGCUCCCAGACUAUGUUCGCACAUGGAAAGAGAUGGAGAAAGCUUACAAAGCGUCAAACGGAAAAGUCAGAGCCAUCGGUGUUUCCAACUUUUCGAUCAAGACCUUUACGGAGCUUUUGAAACAUGCAGAGGUGGUACCAGCAGUAAAUCAGAUCGAGGGCCACCCAUACCUCCCAGAAGCCGAGCUUGUGCAGUGGAGCAACGAGCGCAAGAUUCACACCUCUCUUUACAGCCCUCUCGGACAGUCUAACUCGCCACUGCUGAAGGAUGACCUGCUCAACUCUAUAGCCGCCUCGCACAACGCAACGGUAGCUCAAGUCAUCUUCGCCUGGGCCAUCGCCAACGGCCUCUCAGUCAAUCCGCGAUCGACCAACCCUGAGCGGCAGGUGCAGAACAUCACGCUAAUCACGCUCACAGACGAAGAAGUGAAGAGGAUCGAUACGCUGCACAAGGAAGAUGGCAAGCACACACGUCUGUGCAACGUUGCGUGGUCGAAGGAAAAUUCUACCGCGGGAGGAUGGACACUCCAACAACUUGGCUGGGACAUCGGUUUUGAAACGGCUUGA